AUGCAGGAAGGAUUUGAGGCCACAUGUCAGACAUAUCGGAAUGCGACAUCUUUGUCGUGCACUUGCGGCUGCUUUGAGGUUGGGCAGCCUGUGGCGCCAUGGAACACUGACAAUGUCGAAAAUUCCAAAAUACCACUCCUGGGCGGCGUGGCGCAGACAGACCUCGCUGCUCGACUCCAAGUUGCACACUCCGUACAUAUACCACUCUCCGGCCUCCGCUCGUUGAAACAGGCGGCCUACAAUAAACUCAUCGGCCAGAAAGGGUUCCCGGCGAACCCAAGCCAUCACCAUUCAGCCCAUGAAGCCGAGUUUGCUCAAUCCGCGUUUCGCGCUUCCUCCCACCCACCAGACUCUCCAGAAGCUAUCAUAUUGGCUGAGCUUGGAGAUGAAUACCUACACUUACCAGCCAUCGUCGAAGCGGCGGAAUCAAGCCCUGCUGCGGCGAAGGCCGCUGCGGACACUAUCAGUCGAGUACUUUCCAACCCAGCUAGCAAAAAGGGCUACAAGCAGUACAAUGCCAUCAUGCUCAUCCGCAUCCUGUCUGACAACCCCGGCACGACUUUCACGCGCAACUUCGAUGGCAAAUUCGUAUCGAUAACUAAAAAUUUGUUACGCGAAGGGCGGGAUAUGAGCGUACAGCAGAUCCUGCGAGAGACGCUUGAGUUUCUCGCCGUACAAAAAAGUCAUGACACGAAUGUGGCACCGCUGGUGGAAAUGUGGAAGAAGGAGAAGCUGAAGUUUGAGAAGGCUAUGGGUGUUAGCGCUGGACCAUGGGUUCAGCCACUUAUUCCGGGACAACGGGAUGAUUACUUUGCGCGCUCGCAUCGAUCUAGCGGCCUACCCUCACCCGAAGAGCUCUCCGCCAGGAUAACAGAAGCAAACAUCUCUGCGUCUUUGCUUCUCCAGUUCGUGCAGUCGACGCCAACAGCGGAAUUCUACACGAAUGACCUCCUAAAGGAAUUCUCCGCACGGUGCCAAGCUGCCGCCAAAUCUAUCCAGGGAUACAUAAACGCGACGAAUCCCUCGCCGGACGAAGAUACGAUGCUCACUCUAAUAGAGACAAAUGAUAGACUCUCCGCCGCGUUUCUCGAAAUACCAGCGUGCUGCGGUCGUUUGCCAGAAGGGAACGCCAGUAGAACAGAUUCUCAAGAAGCGGUUUCCCCCUGCUUUGCCACCGUUGGGCAGCACCACAACAACAGCCUUCUUUAUCAGGCUCGGGCGGGGCUCCCGCAGAACUUUCGAAGUUUCAAAGCGGCGGGUCUAAGCGCUUCCGUCCCCUCUCCCUCUCCAUCCCGGCGGCAAAAGCGUUGA